CAGAGAAGAGGAAGGAAAUGUUCAAGAUGCUAACGUCAUGCUUUUUUCACUCAGUACGGAAGAGAAAGACUGGCACGUCUGCAGACGCUGAAUUUUAGUCUUAUAUUGAAGCAAAACUCGUGUAAUGUUCAGGAUGUGUUUCACUCUGUUCAUCUUUUCCAGCAUCUUUACAGUUGUUGCUGGUUCUCCAAAAACAGUCACGGGAUACAGAGGACACAGACUUGACAUCAGAUGCAGCUAUGAAGCUGGAUAUGAAUCAAACUCAAAGUAUUUCUGUAAAGGUGAAUGUAUCUAUGGAUUCAGAAACAUUGUGGUUGAAUCAGGAUCUCCAGCUAAAGACGAGAGAUUCUCUCUGACUGAUGACAAGAGCAGAAGAGUUUUCACCGUCAGCAUCAGUGACCUGAGACCAGAAGAUGAGGGACAAUACUGGUGUGUUGUGGAGAGGAGUUCCUUUGAUGUCUAUUCAGAGAUACUGCUGCAGGUCAAACGGGAUAAUAAGACCACUGAGGUUUCUACUGUCGGCUCUUUUUCAAUCACACCGUCAUAUUUCAGCACAACAGAACAGAAACAACACUCUACCAGCAUCACCAUCACAGAAAGAAGAGAGACCUCCACAGAUCAGAUCUUCUGGACAGAGACUGUCAUCUACGUCUCUGUGGGGUUCUUCAUCGUGAUGAUCCUCUUCCUCACGGCCCUGACGGUGUUGUGUAGGAAGACAAGAAAGAAAUCAACAAGAGCCACUCAGUCAGGACUUUCACAGCAAGUCUCUGUGCUUCUUCCUUUGAAUGAACACACUGCAGAGGACAUUGACUGUAACAACCAUUCAUAUGAGGAAAUCAACAAGCUGCGGAACAAGAGAGAAGACAUCUCCACUUUCUAUACCACAGCAGAUAGUCCAGAUGAUCCCUCGAUCUACUCAGCAGCAAACGAACCGAACGAUUCAACAAUCUACUCAACAGCAAACGAACCGAACGAUUCAACAAUCUACUCAACAGCAAACGAACCGAACGAUUCAACAAUCUACUCAACAGCAAACGAACCGAACGAUUCAACAAUCUACUCAACAGCAAACGAACCGAACGAUUCAACCAUACGACAUCUUUACUGACUGUGUCUCAAAGCAGCUUCAUGGAUUGGUAGCUAAUCCCACAAUGCAUCAGUGAAAAUCAGUAAAAAAAAUACAAUAAAUUAAUUUAUUAAUGAAAACAUUUUUUUAAAUACAGAUCUAUUUUACGCUAUGAAAUUAGUUGUAUAUUUAUUUUGCAAAUUAUGCAUCUGAUUCUUUAUCUUUUCCCCUUUUUUCUUAGUUUUCUGUUUCCUGAUUCCAUUUUUUAUUAUUAUUAUUUUAAAGGUAAAAUUAAAAUUGAUUAAUUAAAAAAAAAACAUACCUAACCAAUAGAAGUCAUGAAAUUGAACAGUAAUUUUAUAAAGGUUAAAAAAUAAAUAAACAAAAAGGAAGGCCCUAUGAAAAAUGUCUUCAUAUUCAGUAUUCUUUUUUGCAUUAAUUUAUGUGUUAAUAUUUGCGUACUUACAUUUUCCUGGUUAAAUUCUGGUAAAUAUGUUUCUGGGAAAUAUUCCUUUAGAAAUUAUGUUUUAACAGUAAUGCUAUUAUUACUAGUGGCUUUGUAUUGAAUAAUAUUUCUGUCACGGUUUCUUCAAGUUAAGCUGGACUUUUAUUUUGACGGGUUGCUGUGAAGACCUCAUUGUGUUCGUGUACGGCAUGGCGAUAGUUUUCUCAAAAGAAGCUGUCAAAUUAUCAUGAAGUGACUCUCAGAGCGAUUCUAGUGAUUACGUUCAUGUACACAUAUAUUGAGGCGGCAGAUGCAAAAAAAAAAAUAAUAGAGAAAAAACUAAAUUCAGUAAAUCCAGUGGAAUUUGUGGGUUUUUUUGCAUUUCAGAAAUCGUACGGUCCUAGAAUUAAAGGAGGAAUCACAUCCUCGUCUGCUUGACUUUGUUGAACAGCCACUGGACUUCCUUAAAGACCUUCAGUUUAUUGUAAACUCUCAUAUCGUGAGCAGUGUCAAGCUGUAUGCUAUAUUUUGCUCAUUUCUGAUGAUAUCUUUGUAUUAUUUGUGUAUGUAUGUGAAAAGCAGGCGAUGAUUUAUCUUAUAUGGGUUUAUGCACAAAUGACCUUAUAUAAAUAUGAGUCUGCUCUAGCUAUUAUUGGCUCCUGGUAAAUUUGUAUUUUUAUUAUUUAAUUGUUUUAUGUAAUGUUUACUGAAUAAAUAAAAUGUACUGUGAUAUAUUCAGUUAAACACUGAUGGUCACGUGAACUGUUAA